GGGCGCAGCGCCGCCGUCGCCAUCUUGGCCAGUAGCGCGGUUGACAUCAGAGCGGUAUCUCCUCCACCAUGGAGGGCGAUGAUACUGGAAAUCGACUUCGUUUCCAACUAGAGCUGGAAUUUGUGCAGUGUCUGGCAAACCCGAAUUACCUCAAUUUUCUUGCCCAGAGAGGAUACUUCAAAGACAAAGCAUUUGUAAAUUACUUAAAAUACUUGCUCUACUGGAAGGAACCAGAGUAUGCCAAAUAUCUAAAGUAUCCCCAGUGCCUGCAUAUGCUAGAACUGCUCCAGUAUGAACACUUUCGUAAGGAACUGGUGAAUGCCCAGUGUGCAAAAUUCAUUGAUGAGCAACAGAUACUCCACUGGCAACACUAUUCCCGCAAGCGGAUGCGCCUCCAGCAGGCCCUUGCAGAACAGCAGCAGCAACAACAGCAGAACAGCACCUCUGUCAAGUGAGCCAUUAGGCACCACAAAGACCCUCCUUGCAAGGGCGGAAGGCACCCUAUGGACUUAAUCUUGGCACUGUUAUCUGAAAUGCCUUAGAAAGUGAUGCUAUUAGUAAAAUGUUGCUUGUGGAAAUAUAGCAGCUUCAGUUUGGAACUUCAGAGUUCCCAGAGACUCAACAAAUGAUUUCUUCAGAUGUAAGAGAUCCUUCUUAUCCCCUCUGAUUUAAAGGUGUAGAUGUGUUUCUUGAUACUGUAUAGCAGAAGAGUAUUUUGGAACAUUCACUGUGAAAGAAAAGUGGCUAAACAUUUGUCUUGUAUGCUAGUUUGUGGAUGUUAGUAAAUAUCUCUAUUUAUUCUAA